AACUCUAAUUAAAUUGCUUGUUGUUUGGGACAUGGAAAGUGAUCGGACGCAAAAAAGGUUAAAAAUGUCGGCUUUGGAACAGCUUAAGAAAAUUACAACAAUUGUUGCGGAUACAGGUGACUUUGAAGCAAUGGUCACUUAUAAGCCUACGGAUGCAACAACUAACCCAUCGCUUAUAUUAUCUGCAUCAACUAUGGAUCGCUAUCAGUACAUAGUUUGCAAUGCUAUUCAAUAUGGAAAAAAUCAAAACGGUCCACUGGAGAACCAAAUUGUUGAGGCAAUGGACUAUGUAUGCGUUUUAUUUGGCUGUGAGAUAUUAAAAAUUAUACCUGGAAGAGUUUCGACUGAAAUCGAUGCUCGCUUGUCGUUCAACACAGAAAAAAGUGUUCAAAAGGCACUGAAAUUAAUAGGUCUGUACCAAUCCCAAGGCAUAGACAAGGAGCGCAUCUUAAUUAAGCUAGCCGCAACAUGGGAAGGCAUAAAAGCGGCUGAGAUUUUGGAGAAGGAGCAUGGAGUUCACUGCAAUCUAACACUUAUAUUCUCGUUCGCCCAGGCUGUGGCUUGCGCUGAGGCCGGCGUUACUCUAAUUUCUCCGUUUGUUGGGCGCAUUUUGGAUUGGUAUGUGGCAAACACAAAUACCAAGAAAUUCGAGCCGUUGAAAGAUCCUGGUGUUUUGUCAGUGACAAGCAUCUACAAUUACUAUAAAAAGUUUGGUCACAAGACUUUAGUAAUGGGUGCUUCUUUCCGAAAUAUUGGAGAAAUUAAAGCAUUGUCUGGCUGUGAUUUGCUCACAAUAAGUCCUGCUUUGCUAAAGGAACUAGAAAAUGAUAGUACUUCAAUCACUCGGUAUUUGUCUGAGGCAAAUGCAAAAAAUCAAAAUAUUGAGAAAAUUUCUAUUGACGAGCCCAAAUUCAGGUGGUUACUUAAUGAAGAUCCCAUGGCAACCGAUAAAUUAUCUGAAGGCAUCCGAAAGUUUGCAGUAGACACUGUUAAGCUGGAAAAUUUGAUUGCCAACUUAUUUAAUAAGGAAACAUGUGAAUGUUAAAUUGUUAUACAUAAACGUAUACGAAUUUAUAAAUUUGUUCUUAUAAAGGAUCAAUAUACACUUCUACCCCGAUUUGUUUAAAUUACAGAUAAAGUCCAUAGAACGAAUAUUCUAACAUGUAAAGUGUCAUAUGUAAAUAACUAAUAAAGAUCCCAUUCAUGUGACGCAGACUGUA